CUCCAAGUUAACACAUUCCAUCCCAAAUAUUCCUCCCUCACACAUUUUGUAGCACGUAAAAAAUGGAGUACUCCAGUGACAUUACUGCCACCACCAUAACUUCUUCACCAUUAUCUUCUCGAUCUGUAUCGCCAUCAUCUUCUUCUUCUCCUCCUAACUCUCCAUCUCCGCCACAAGUAGCUGUGGUUGUCAGCCCUUGUGCGGCCUGCAAAAUAUUGCGGCGGAGGUGCGCUGAGAAAUGUGUGUUGGCUCCUUAUUUUCCUCCCAAUGAUCCAAUCAAGUUCACUACUGCUCAUCGUGUCUUUGGUGCCAGCAAUAUUAUCAAGUUCUUGCAGGAACUACCAGAAUUUCAAAGAGCAGAUGCAGUGAGUAGUAUGGUGUACGAAGCAAACGCUAGACUGAGGGAUCCUGUCUAUGGUUCUGCGGGAGCAAUAUGUCAACUGCAAAAGCAAGUGAAUGAGCUCCAAGUACAAUUGGCAAAGGCACAAGCUGAGAUUGUCAACAUGCAAUGCGAACAAGCUAACCUUAUGACCCUUAUUUGCAUGGAAAUGACACAAUCUCCACCAACAUCACCACAACAAUCCUUGGACAAUUUCACUAAUAAUAUACCACAAUAUGGAAGCACACAAAGCAACAUGAGCUACCUAGAUGAGAGUAAUUUUGGAUCUUUAUUGGAGACUCUUUGGACAUGAUUAAUGGAACAUGCAUGUUCAUCUGAUUUAAUAAGUCAUGAUCUCUCUAUAUUGUCAAAUUAGAGGGGUCUAAUUUAACUCCUAGAGGAUUUUCACCAAGUUAAUGUUAUGGAGAGAAUGAAAAGUUUUACCCAAAUAAAAUUGAUGUAACUUAAUUAUUUUAGUGGAAGGAAAACUAAAAUGUAAUAUAGUAUGAACCAAAUCUUGAAAGAUUUGAGUCUAAGUUAAUUUUGUUUAAUUUCCUAAUGAUUUUGAAAAAGCAAAUGAAGUUGAUGGGCCUUGCUCCUGC